AUGCCGACCGGAUCCUGUCUGUGCAAGGCCAUCAACUAUCAGUACAAGGGAGACGUCAUCACUACGGCCGUCUGCCACUGCAAAACAUGCCAGAAAUUCAGCGGUGGCUCCUCGGUCAACCUCCUCAUCCCCCAUGACCACUUCCGUAUCACGUCCGGUAAACCCAAGAUUUACAACCAUACGCACGAAACCGGUAUGCACUUGACACUGCACUUCUGCGGCUACUGCGGCGUGACGCUGUACAAGACUGCGGACCGCCAGGAGUUCCAAGACGCGGUAAUUCUCCUUGCGGGGACGUUGGAUGAGCCCAAUGCGCUUGAUAAUGCGGCGCCUGAGGCGGAGUUUUUCGUUGGUGAGCGGGCGAAGUGGUGGAGGCCAGUUGAGGGGGCUAAGCAGUUGGAGGCGUUUACCUGA